AUGAAGCCAAGUCCACUGGAUAUGGGCUAUGCCCGACCUCUCGAGUUCACUCUGUCAAUCGUUGUGAGGACCAGUCCUAGCCCGCUCGACUUUCAGUUCGCCGCCGAUACACUCGUGUCACAAUGGCCUGUACUGAACUUGCGAAUGGAUCCGCUGAAAACGAAAUUCUUGGAUCCGAAAGACCCCGGUGACCUAGCCGAAGUGUGGAAAGGGAAAAUUCUUAAGCAAGAGCUCAGCGAGAUUCUCCAAGUUUCCCCCAAGCCGGACUCACCGCAAUUGAUUGACUCCGAGGCAUUCGAUAAGGCGUUAGAUUUUGGGUAUGGAGUCUUGCAUGCAUGGAGGCAGCGCGUAUUCUCCAUACGAACGGUGUUCUUGACCGAUGCCUGCAUAAUAGGAUUCAAGUUCCUGCAGCCUCUUUGCGAUGCAAAUGGUGCUCAUCAAAUAGUUCAGGCUUAUUGUAGCCUGCUCAGGGGAGAAAAAAUUACCCACAGUCUCCAUGCCCGACCACUCUUGCCGCUGAAAACAGAAGUAAUCGAAAAAUGCGUGGAGAAGAUUGAGUGUCAUCGGAUCGCAGAUCUGCACAAAUAUUCCAUGAAUCGGACUUGGAUAGCAGGAAUUACGGCCCUCGGGAAACAGAUUGGGCGAAAUAUAUGCUACCCCUCAGCGAGACGGAUCGGCAAGACCUUGUUGGUCCCCCGAGGGCAAAUCCAGAGAUGGAUUGAAGCGGCCGAAAGUAAACAGGCCAAGGUAACUGAACAUGAUCUCUUGCUGGCUUUUAUCUACAAGGCUUCUUUACACUUACACACUGCCCACAACUUCGGCUUAACCAUCGAUAUCUCAAAACAACUCCAGUCAGAGGCAAAUCUUUCCAACCCCUGGUACAUGAUGCCCCUGCCGGAUCCAAUACCAACAAGCGAAUAUGACUCUCCUUCAUUGGUUCGACUGGCAACACACAUUCGGCGUGCGGUUCACGAAGGGCAGCAAUCAGAAUGCAUCGCAGAGAUAAUCGCUCAGCACAAAAACCCGACGAAAAGACCCAUGGUCCCAAAAUCAUACGGCAGCCGCGCGGCUCAACCACGCAUCGCUUCUUGGAAAAGCCUACCGCUCUAUGGUCUCGAUAUCGAAGGCGAGUGUCCGCUCUUUGUACAGGGAAGUGUUGACUACUGCGGACUUCUGCGACAGACCAAGACUCACUUGGAUGAUUUGGUUGUGACGUGGAAAGGGCGGGGUCAGGAUGGGAAUGAUGGUGGUUAUUGGAUUCAUGGGAGGCUGCCUAAAUCUGUUUGGAGGCGCAUGGCGGAUGAUUUGAACUGCUGA